GGAAAGACACGGCUAGGAGGGGAUAACACCAUAUAGCGUCGCGACGCACGGCGUCCGAUUUAGUUUCUACUCGGCGUCAUCUAAGUUUCAAAGUCAGACUAAACCGGAAAAACUAUCGUCCACGAAGGAAACGACACUGCAACGACAUGCCGGCUCGCAACAAGGAGCAAGAGGGUGAGGUUCUCGCCUGGAUUGAGGCUGUAGUAGGUGAGAAACUCCCCCCUGGAAACUACGAGGACAUCUUGAGGGAUGGUGUGAUUCUCUGUCAAUUAAUUAACAAACUCGCGCCAGGAUCGGUGAAGAAGAUUCAAUCUAAAGGCACCAAUUUCCAGCUUAUGGAAAAUAUUCAGAGAUUCCAAGCGGCGAUCAAGAACUAUGGCGUCCCGCAAGAGGAAAUUUUCCAAACUGCGGAUCUCUUCGAGAGACGUAACAUCCCUCAAGUUACCCUCUGCCUGUAUGCGUUGGGCAGAAUUACCCAGAAACAUGAGGAAUGGACUGGGCCAAGAUUAGGACCGAAGAUGGCGGAUGAGAACAAGAGAACCUUCACGGAGGAACAGCUUCGUGCCAGUGAAGGUCAAGUGAAUCUUCAAAUGGGUUACAACAAAGGCGCCACUCAAUCCGGUCACGGUGGUUUCGGCAAUACGCGACAUAUGUAAAUCUUUUUUAGAUGCAAAUUAACGUACGCCUAUUACUACUACAUACAUCUACAAUGACUGCUUAAGUUCUAUCAAACAUAGAGUAAAAUAAAAAUGUCGAAACAAGUCGCAUUUUUCAAUUACGUCCAAAAUGCGAGGAUAAAACUGUCUUCUUAACGUAUUCAUUGAAUUUGCGUAAGUUUCGUCGUAGGUAAUGUCCGACCAUUUUUUACUGUCACUACUGUUAUCGAUAUAAAUGAGUUACUUCGAAAGUACUUCGCGUUAGUACUUUUCCGACAAGUUACAAAUCAUAGAAAUCAUCUAUUUUACACCGUUAUGACAUGUAUAUCUGGAGUAUCCGAUAACUAUACAAUUACUACUUUUCAGUCAACUUCAGAUAUUGAUAUUUAACAACUCUAAUAUAUAUACAUUAUAUUCUUCUUCCUUUUCUAUAUAUAAAGCGCCCAUAAGCAGUGUUAAUUAUUAUAACCUUCUGUCUAUUUGCGACAGAAUAUAUUUUUUAUAUAAACUCACAACACAGUGUAGUUUGCAUGUAAAUGUAAAUAUAAGCUCUUUUUGCUGUCGAUGAAAUUGCGAGGUAAAAGCGCUUUAUAUUUUACGGAAUCCUAAUUUAUUUAAACGUACACAUACGCACACGUACAAUCCCAAACAAUUUUUACCACACAUUACAAUUACAUUUUGUGUUAAAUAUACGUACUCGUUGUCGGUUGAAUACGUGUUGUCUUAAACAACAAUAAAAAAGUGUUGCACAUUAAUAUUA